AGGAAAUAUUAGCAGGCCAAUUAACCGUAGAAUCGCCAAACUCCCUUCUAAAGCCCAUGAAAUAAACAAAGUGGGAGUUUUUUCGCGGCGGCGGCCACCUUCAUCCGCCGAGCAAAGUGGGGAGAGCAGGAAAUGGCACUUUUCACUUCACUCUUCAUUGCCCGUACCGCAACUCCCACUUUUCUAUCAACUUCAACGCUUAUUUUUAAUGAUCACGUCAAGCUCCGGUCAUCGUCGUCUUCUUUUUCCGGCUGCCGCCAACUUCCUCUCUCCGGUAUGCCACUCUGCGGCCACUGCGAAAAGCAGUUUGUGGUUUAUGCGAAAAGAUUAUCGGGAUUAGAAGAGGCCCUAAGAAUGAAAAGGGAGCGCGAACAAGGCUCCAACAGCACUAAGAGAAUGGUUCCUUUGAAGCGAGGACGGGUAUCACCAAAGCUUCUUGUUCCUGAUCACAUAAUGAAGCCUCCUUACGUGGGCUCAAGAGAGCUGCCAGAAAUCGGAAAUGAACAUCAAAUUCAUGAUGCUGAAGGAAUUUCUCGUAUGAGAGCUGCAGGUGAGCUUGCUGCCCGGGUGCUAGAGUAUGCAGGAACAUUGGUUAGGCCAUCAGUAACAACAAAUGAAAUUGAUGAAGCUGUUCACCAAAUGAUUAUUGAUGCUGGUGCUUACCCCUCUCCUUUGGGCUAUGGGGGUUUUCCUAAAAGCGUGUGCACUUCGGUAAACGAGUGUAUGUGUCAUGGAAUACCGGACUCCCGGCAGCUACAGGAUGGUGACAUAAUAAACAUUGACGUAACAGUUUACUUGAAUGGCUAUCAUGGAGACACGUCAAAAACCUUCCUUUGUGGCAAUGUCAGUGAGCCCGUGAAACAACUUGUUAAGGUGACGGAGGAGUGCUUGCAUAGAGGGAUUGCUGUUUGCCGAGAUGGUGCUCUGUUUAGGAAAAUUGGGAAGAGAAUCAGUGAACAUGCAGAAAGGUUCGGCUAUGGCGUGGUGGAACGUUUUGUUGGACAUGGUGUCGGGACCGUGUUUCAUUCCGAACCACUCAUAUUUCAUCAUCGUAAUGACCAUUCUGGUUCGAUGGUCGAGGGGCAAACAUUUACCAUUGAACCCAUUUUGACAUCAGGAAGCAAGGAGUGUGUGACCUGGGAAGAUAACUGGACAACUCUUACAGCAGAUGGAAGCCCCACGGCACAAUUCGAGCACACCAUUCUGAUUACGAAGACCGGCGCUGAAAUUUUGACUAAAUGUUAAUUAACACCCAAUUAGUGAAAAGUCUUGUUUUUUGCAUCAGUUUUAUCACUUGUAUGAUGAACAGGCUACAAAACUCUACUCCAAAUGUAUAUGAGCCAUGGUUGUUCAAGACGGUUUACAUUUUCGGAUGAACAUGCAUGUUCCUCUUAAUUUAAUUUUACAUUGUUUUUACUGAUAUUUAGAGAAUUUUCCCU